AUGCAGACUGCUUCUACAAACAUUUGUGAAAAACUGUGCAAUAAGUCCAUCCUUGAAAUUUCCUUGCUACUAAAUAUUCCACGGUCAACUGUUAGUGUUAUUAUAACAAAGUGGAAGCAACAGGGAACAACAGCAACUCAGCCACAAAGUGGUAGGCCACAUAAAAUGACAGAGUGGGGUCAGCACAUGCUGAAGCGCACAGUGCGCAGAAGUCGCCAGCUGUCUGCAGAGUCAUUAGCUAAAGACUUCCAAAUAGAUUAGCACAACAACAGUGUGUAGAGAGCUUCAUGGAAUGAGUUUCCAUGGCCAACAGCUGCAUCCAAGCCUUAUAUCUCCAAUUGCAAUGCAAAGCGUCAGAUGCAGUGGUGUAAAGCACUCCGCCACUGGAUUCUAG